UUUGAAAUAUACCGACAAUCAACGGGUGAUCAUUCAUGUUAAGGACGUCAACGAUGAACCUCCGUACUUCAUCAAUCGUCCCCUGCCAAUGCAAGCGGUGGUGCAGUUGAAUGCUCCCCCAAAUACACCAGUGUUCACCUUGCAGGCCAGGGAUCCCGAUACCGAUCACAACAUUCAUUACUUUAUCGUUCGGGACCGAACUGGGGGCCGUUUCGAAGUUGAUGAACGGUCCGGUGUUGUUCGUACGCGUGGCACUGAUCUAUUCCAGCUGGAUAUGGAAUACGUGCUGUACGUGAAAGCCGAAGAUCAGAAUGGCAAGGUGGAUGACCGACGUUUCCAAAGCACCCCGGAGGAACGGCUCUCGAUCGUAGGCGGCAAGCGGGCCCCGCAGUUUUACAUGCCGAGCUAUGAGGCUGAGAUCCCGGAGAAUCAGAAGAAGGACUCGGACAUUAUCUCGGUAAAAGCGAAAUCGUUUGCCGACCGGGAGAUUCGUUACACACUGAAGGCUCAAGGUCAGGGCGCCGGCACGUUUAAUAUCGGGCCCACUUCCGGUAUUGUGAAGCUUGCCAAAGAACUGGACUUCGAAGACUUGAGGCAACCGCACGUUUAUUCGCUGGUGGUAACGGCUACGGAAGAUUCGGGAGGAUUUUCUACGUCAGUUGAGCUCACAAUCCGUGUCACCGACGUGAACGAUAACGCCCCCAAGUUCGAACUGCCAGAUUAUCAGGCACACAACGUAGACGAAGAUAUCCCACUCGGUACCAGCAUCCUCAAGGUGAAGGCCAUGGAUGCCGACUCGGGAGCGAACGCCGAAAUCGAGUACUUGGUUUCCGACGAUCAUUUCGCUGUCGACUCCAACGGUAUCAUCGUGAACAACAAGCAGCUGGACGCGGACAACAACAAUGCGUACUAUGAGUUUGUGGUCACGGCCAAAGAUAAGGGCGAACCGGCUAAAACCGGAACAGCCACCGUUCGUGUCUAUACCAAGAACAAGAACGAUGAAGAGCCAAAAUUCUCGCAGCAAGUGUACACCCCGAAUGUGGAUGAGAACGCCGGUCCAAAUACUCUGGUGACCACCGUGGUAGCGUCCGAUAAGGACGGCGACAAUGUGCGGUUUGGUUUUGUGGGCGGUGGCACCAGCAGUGGUCAGUUCGUGAUCGAGGAAAUCACCGGUGUAAUUCGGUUGCACAGCAAAGGGAUUUCGCUGGAUCGCGACAAGUAUGAGCUGAAUGUGACAGCUAUGGAUGAUGGAUCGUGCUGCAUCAAUGGCGAUGCGACGAUCCACACAUCUACAGCUGUUGUCGUGGUGUUCAUAACGGACGUGAACGAUAACAAACCGGUGUUCAAGGAUUGCGGCACGUACUAUCCGAAGGUCGAGGAAGGGGCUCCCAACGGGAGUCCAGUGAUCAAAGUGCAAGCAACCGACGAGGAUAAGGGUGUUAACGGGCAGGUGAAAUACUCGAUUGUUCAGCAACCGAAUCAGAAAGGCACCAAAUUUACGGUGGACGAAGAAACGGGCGAGGUUUCCACGAACAAAGUUUUCGAUCGUGAAGGCGACGAUGGAAAGUUUGUGUCGGUUACGGUGAAAGCCACCGAUCAAGGCGAACCCAGCUUGGAGGGUGUUUGCUCUUUCACGGUCGAAAUUACCGAUGUGAACGAUAAUCCUCCGUUGUUUGAUCGACAGAAAUACGUAGAAAACGUCAAACAAGACGCCAGCAUUGGUACGAAUAUCUUGCGCGUGUCGGCUUCCGAUGAGGACGCGGAUAACAACGGGGCCAUCGUGUACACGCUCAGUGCACCGCACAGUCCGAAUGACCUGGAGUACUUCGAAAUCCAACCGGAGUCCGGCUGGAUCGUACUGAAGAAGCCGCUAGACCGCGAGCGAUACCGCUUGAAGGUGUACGCCUCCGACCGGGGCGAUCCGCCCUCCACCGCCGACGUCGACGUCGAGCUCGAUGUGGUCGAUCGUAACAAUAAGCCGCCGAUCUGGGAUCGCAAUAUCUACGGCCCCAUUCACAUUAAAGAAAAUGUCACUGUCGGUACGGUAGUCACAUCGAUUAAAGCAAGCUCCGGCAUUGAAGGAAACCCGACCGUGUUCUACCGGUUGAUGCCGGGGUCGACGGCGCAAACCAACAAGCUCCACACGUUCUACCUGCAGCAGCGCCCGGACAACGGCGAUACGUGGGCGGACAUAAAAGUCAACCAUCCGCUAGAUUUCGAAACGAUAAAGGAGUACAACCUGACCGUACGAGUCGAGAACAACGGCGCCCAGCAGCUGGCAUCGGAAGCGACUGUUUACAUACAAUUAGAGGAUGUAAACGACGAAAUUCCGCUGUUUACCGAACGUGAACAGGAAACGGUCCUGGAAGGGGAACCGAUCGGCACCAAGGUUACGCAGGUGAACGCCAUCGACAAGGACGGAACAUUCCCCAACAAUCAGGUCUAUUACUACAUUGUCGAUUCGCCGCGCAACGAAGGAAAGGAUUUCUUCGAAAUCAAUCUCCAGAGCGGUGAGAUUUUCACCAAAGUGGUAUUCGAUCGCGAAAAGCAGGGAGCCUACGCACUGGAGGUGGAAGCCCGCGAUGGAGCACCGUCGGCCCGACCCAAUAGUAACCAGCAGCCCAACUCAGUUACUAAAUUCAUCCGUAUUGGAAUCGCUGACAAGAAUGACAAUCCACCGUACUUCGACAAGGCUCUAUACGAGGCAGAGGUUGAUGAGAACGAGGACAUUCAGCAUACCGUACUCACUGUCACCGCCAAGGAUCACGAUGAAUCCUCGCGUAUUCGAUACGAGAUCACAAGCGGUAACAUAGGCGGUGCCUUCGCGGUGAAGAACAUGACGGGCGCUAUCUACGUUGCUGGCGCCCUGGAUUACGAGACGAGAAAGCGAUACGAGCUUCGUCUAGCAGCAUCGGAUAACCUGAAGGAAAACUACACCACGGUCGUGAUUCACGUUAAGGACGUCAACGACAACCCGCCGGUGUUCGAACGUCCGACCUACCGGACCCAAAUCACCGAAGAGGACGACCGGAAUCUGCCCAAGCGUGUCCUGCAGGUGCUAGCCAGCGAUGGAGACAAGGACCGUCCGCAGAACAUCGUGUACUUCCUUACGGGUCAAGGCAUCGAUCCGGAUAAUCCGGCGAACAGCAAGUUUGACAUCAAUAGGACCACUGGAGAAAUAUUCGUACUGAAGCCGCUGGAUCGGGAUCAACCGAACGGUCGACCGCAGUGGCGCUUCACCGUGUUCGCCCAGGACGAGGGCGGCGAGGGUCUGGUCGGCUACGCGGACGUGCAGGUCAACCUGAAGGACAUCAACGAUAAUGCACCGAUCUUCCCGCAGGGUGUGUACUUUGGCAAUGUCACCGAGAACGGCACCGCCGGGAUGGUGGUGAUGACGAUGACGGCCGUCGAUUAUGACGAUCCGAAUGAAGGCACCAACGCAAAACUAAUCUACUCAAUCGAAAAGAACGUCAUCGAGGAGGAAACGGGAUCGCCCAUCUUCGAGAUCGAAGCGGACACCGGUGUCAUCAAGACGGCCGUCUGCUGCCUGGAUCGCGAACGAACGCCGGACUACUCGAUACAGGUCGUCGCGAUGGAUGGAGGGGGGCUCAAGGGGACUGGGACGGCCUCUAUACGCGUCAAGGAUAUAAACGAUAUGCCGCCGCAGUUCACCAAGGACGAAUGGUUUACGGAGGUGGACGAAACGGACGGAACGAACCUGCCGGAGAUGCCAAUUUUGACGGUGACAGUUCACGAUGAGGACGAAACCAAUAAGUUCCAGUACAAGGUGAUCGACAACAGUGGCUACGGAGCGGAUAAGUUUACCAUGGUGCGGAACAACGAUGGCACGGGCAGUUUGAAAAUCGUUCAACCUUUGGAUUACGAAGACCAACUGCAGAGCAAUGGCUUCCGUUUCCGUAUUCAGGUUAAUGACAAGGGAGAAGACAACGAUAAUGACAAAUACCACGUGGCUUACUCGUGGGUGGUUGUGAAAUUACGCGAUAUUAACGACAACAAACCUCAAUUCGAGCGGCCGAAUAUCGAAGUUUCGGUGUACGAAAAUGCCGACGUCGGAAAGACGCUGGAAACCUUCAAAGCCACAGAUCCCGAUCAGGGUGGUAAGAGUAAAGUUUCCUACGCAAUUGACCGAUCCUCGGAUCGACAGCGUCAGUUCUCGAUCAACCAGGAAGGCACCGUGACCAUUCAACGGCAGCUCGAUCGGGAGGUGACACCCCGUCAUCAGGUGAAGAUUCUCGCCAUCGAUGACGGUAUUCCACCAAAAACGGCAACCGCAACGCUAACGGUGAUUGUACAGGACAUCAACGAUAAUCCUCCCAAGUUCCUAAAAGACUACCGACCGGUUCUGCCCGAGCAUGUUCCGCCGAGGAAGGUGGUGGAGAUUCUCGCAACCGACGACGACGAUCGAUCCAAGAGCAACGGUCCACCGUUCCAGUUCCGGCUAGACCCGGGCGCAGACGACAUCAUUCGAGCUUCAUUCAAGGUCGAGCAAGAUCAGAAGGGUGCUAACGGAGACGGUAUGGCUAUUGUGUCAUCAUUGAGGUCGUUCGAUCGUGAGCAACAAAAAGAGUACCUGAUUCCAAUCGUGAUCAAGGAUCACGGAAACCCAGCAAUGACAGGCACCAGUACGCUGACGGUGGUCAUUGGUGACGUUAACGACAAUAAAAUGCAACCCGGAUCGAAAGAGAUCUUCGUGUACAACUACUUGGGACAGGCGCCGGAUACGCAGAUCGGUCGAGUUUACGUGUACGACCUGGACGACUGGGAUUUGCCGGAUAAAAAGUUCCACUGGGAAACGAACCACGAACAUCCUCGGUUCAAGCUGGAUGAGGAUACCGGAAUGAUAACAAUGCGCACCGGCACAAAGGAUGGUCGCUAUCAUCUGCGCUUCAAAGUGUAUGAUCGGAAGCACACUCAAGCGGAUGUUCCUGCUAAUGUGACCGUUACGGUACGGGAGAUUCCGCAUGAUGCCGUUAUCAAUAGUGGAUCGAUUCGGAUAGCGGGGAUUACGGACGAGGACUUCAUACGGGUGUGGAACUAUAGGACGCAAAGUCUGUCGAGAAGUAAGCUGGAUCGAUUCAAAGAUAAGCUGGCGGAUUUACUGAACACGGAUCGGGAGAACGUGGAUGUGUUUAGCGUGCAGCUGCGGAGAAAGCAUCCCCCGCUGACGGAUGUGCGCUUUUCGGCGCAUGGUUCUCCCUACUACAAACCGGUGAGAUUGAACGGAAUUGUGCUGAUGCAUCGGGAGGAGAUUGAGAAGGAUGUUGGGAUUAAUAUUACGAUGGUUGGCAUUGACGAGUGUUUGUACGAGAAUCAGAUGUGCGAGGGGUCGUGUACGAAUACGCUAGACAUUAGCUCACUGCCUUACAUGGUGAAUGCUAACAAGACAUCGCUGGUCGGAGUGAGAGUGGAUGUGAUUGCGGAGUGUACCUGCGGCGCUAGGAAUUUCAGCAAGGCGGAAUCGUGUCGGUCAUCACCUUGUUACAAUGGAGGCCGGUGUAUGGAAACCCGGUACGGGUUGACAUGCUCCUGUCCCACGGGCUACACGGGACCACGAUGCCAGCAGACGACGCGCAGCUUCCGAGGUAAUGGUUGGGCGUGGUAUCCUCCGCUGGAUAUGUGCGAUGAUUCGCACUUGAGCUUCGAGUUUAUAACGCGCAAAUCGGACGGUCUGCUGCUGUACAACGGACCGAUUGUACCCCCGGAACGGGACGAAGUGCUCGUGUCCGAUUUCAUUUCUGUCGAACUGGAGAGAGGAUACCCAAGACUGCUGAUAGACUUCGGUUCCGGUACACUAGAGCUGAGGGUUAAGACGAAGAAGAGCUUGGACGAUGGCGAAUGGCAUCGGUUGGACAUUUUCUGGGAUACGGAGAAUGUCCGAAUGGUUGUGGACUACUGUAAGUCGGCUGAGGUAUCCGAGAUGGAGGACGGAUCGCCACCGGAGUUUGACGAUUCUUCCUGUCAAGCACGUGGUACGAUUCCACCCUUCAAUGAAUAUCUGAAUGUGAACGCUCCGCUGCAAGUGGGAGGAUUCUACCGGGAGCAGUUCGAUCCUACGCACUAUCGCUGGAAUUAUAUGCCAAUGGGUAAAGGUUUUGAUGGAUGUAUUAAGAAUCUCGUUCACAACAGUAAGUUGUAUGACUUGGCUCAUCCGGGACUUUCGCGGAAUAGUGUGGCGGGAUGUCCUCAAACCGAAGAGGUCUGUAGUCAAAGUGAGCAGACUUCUCGCUGCUGGGAGCAUGGAAACUGUGUUGGAAGUUUCACUGAAGCAAGAUGUCAAUGUCGACCAGGAUGGACAGGCCCGGCGUGUAACAUUCCAACGAUUCCAACGACCUUCAAGCAGCAAAGUUACGUGAAGUAUGCGCUUAGUUUCGAACCGGAUCGGUUUAGCACGCAAAUUCAGCUGCGAUUCAGAACGCGAGAGCAACACGGAGAACUGUUCCGAGUGAGCGAUCAGCACAAUCGCGAGUAUGGAAUAUUGGAAAUUAAGGAUGCUAGACUGAGGUUCCGGUACAAUUUGAACUCGCUGCGAACGGAAGAGAAGGAUAUAUGGCUUAACGCGAUCGGAGUGGAUGACGGACAGUGGCACGUGGUACGAGUGAAUCGACACGGUUCGGCGGCAACACUGGAAUUGGACGGUGGAGAAGGCAGACGGUACAACGAAACGUUUACCUUCGAUGGGCAUCAGUGGCUGCUGGUGGACAAACAGGAGGGUGUCUACGCCGGUGGUAAGGCAGAGUAUACCGGUGUGAGGACAUUCGAAGUUUACGCCGACUACCAGAAGAGUUGUUUGGAUGAUAUUAGACUGGAAGGGAAACAUUUGCCUCUUCCACCGGCCAUGAACGGAACCCAGUGGGGCCAGGCUACGAUGGCUCGUAACCUUGACAGGAACUGUCCGUCCAACAAACCUUGUGCGAACGUUAUCUGCCCGGAUCCCUUCGAGUGUGUGGACCUCUGGAACGAGUACGAGUGCACUUGCGGCGAGGGUCGUGUCAUGUCACCGGACGGUAAAGGUUGCAUGGAUCGGAACGAGUGUCUCGAUCUGCCGUGCCUGAACGGAGGCAUCUGCGUGAACCAGGAACCACGGUUGCGCUACCGUUGCGACUGCCCGGACGGCUUCUGGGGCGAAAACUGCGAGCUGAUCCAGGAGGGACAGACGCUGAAGCUGAGCAUGGGCGCUCUGGCCGCCAUUCUUGUGUGUCUACUAAUCAUAUUGAUUCUAGUGCUGGUGUUUGUGGUCUACAACCGGAGACGGGAAUCGCACAUCAAGUAUCCAGGACCGGACGACGACGUGCGGGAAAAUAUCAUCAACUACGAUGAUGAAGGCGGUGGCGAGGACGAUAUGACCGCGUACGAUAUCACACCGCUGCAGAUUCCAAUCGGACCUAUGCCGGAACUGACGCAGUGCAAAAUGCCACCGUUGAUGUAUCCCGUAAUGACGAUGGGACCCGGUCACGAGCCAAAUGUUGGCAUGUUCAUCGAGGAGCACAAGAAGCGUGCCGACAGCGACCCGAAUGCGCCCCCCUUCGAUGACCUGCGGAACUAUGCGUACGAGGGCGGCGGCAGUACGGCCGGUUCGCUUAGUUCGUUACAGUCAGGUACCGACGAGGAGGUGCAGGAGUUCGACUACUUGGACGCUUGGGGUCCGCGCUUCGACAAGCUGGCCAACAUGUACGGUGAACAUCAUCCUACAGACUUGGAUGAACUUAAUUAGAGCAACAAACAAAGGCAGAUUGAAGCAGUCCGUCACUGGUGCGAGAGCUAUUGAACUUAGUUUUUGGAGCGACUACUAGAGAUUAACAACCACCCCCACUGUCUGUAUCAUCACAACAACAACAACAAAGAAAGGAUAACAUCAUCCGCGGAGUGUCGUCCUGGUUUCUGGGAAACUGCCCUGCCAGCGAACUUUUUACCUAGUGUCCCAAACAGAAGUGGAUGACGACAAGAGAAUACAACAAGAAGUGGUGACACAAACGGUCAGCGAAGGGUGGAGAAAAUAACCAGGUUAGGUACAAAUUGUUUUAGCACGUUUUUAGUUCCAUACUUCACACCAAUCAGUCAAAGCUAAGGGAGAAGAAGGUCAGUCAUGAGAAUGAAAAAAAAUACUAAACCAAAGUUUAAUUAUUAAUCCUAACGAAGGUUCGAAAGCAGGGAGGGAAAACAAAGCUCACAGAGUAAAUAAUAAAAAAAGGUGAUGGCACUGAAAAUCCUGAAACGCAGAAAAAAAAACACCACACCCUCUUUCUAGCUAGUUCGGUCAGAAAUAAAAGUGUAACGGAAAAGAUCGCUCGCCCGUCAGGAGUUUUGAUUGCUAUCCCGAUGAUUGAACUAUAAACUUAUAUCAACGAGUUUUUAAUGAGUGAAAUUCUCGCGUACCCAUUUUUUUGGUGAAAUUUAUACGAAAGAGAAAGCUCAUAUACACUUACUGUUAUACACUCGUAAACAAAACACUCAUACGUUUUACAAAGUUAUACACGGAAACGACCAGGACUCACACGAAUAUACACACGAAACAGAUCACGUUGAAUCUUCUUUUUUUUUCGCUGACACAAUCGAGAGUAAUUGCAGUACCUUGGAACCAGUCAAAUUUUUGUUUUGAGAUUUUAACACACUAACACGCAAAUAGUUAUUUUGUUAUUUUAGUUUGUAAAGAAAGAUUUAAAUCUUUUUGAUUUUUUUUUAAACAAAACACUGUACUGUUCCUGUUUUGUCUUAAGUAAGUACGAAAGUUUUUUAGUAGGAAAAACUAAAGCGAUUGUUUUUAUAAAACAUAGUGAGCCUACUGUAGAUCACACAAUUUACAAAAAAACACACACACACACAUACACACAUAGACGCAAAUCGCGCCCUGCUCUCGCGUUCCGGCAAACACGAGACACGAGGCUUUUUUUCACGGCCAUGUACGAUCUAGGAAAAAUCUUACAACUAAUACACACGAAACCGAGAACAUCGUAAAAACUAGAUUGUUAAGGGAAAACUUAGUGUAUUAACUGCUAAAAUUUCAAAGAUAACCCUUAAGCUAAGUAAAUCAAAUAUACAGACGAAAAUUCCGAGGGCCGAAAUUUAUUGCAAAAUUUUAUGCAAUAAACCAACUUUGAAAUGAGAAAAUGGAGAAAAAAAAGUGAACGUACAGUAAGUCAGCAAAAUCACGGAAGAACACUUGAGUGUUUUUAAGGUAAUUUAUUUAUGUCAUAAGGAAACUAAUAUUGAAGAGAUAAUGAUAUUGUACAUCCAAAGACUGUAACGUUUGUUCUUAUAAUUUAUCAUAUUUAAAGGCUAAGUUUCAGAUUUUAAGAAACAAACAGAUCAACCAAUAUUCGCCGAUUUCGGCCGGUAACAGUGAAUGGUAGAACGGUAGAGCGCAAACAACCGACAUCUUUAUUGGAAUUCAUUUCCUAACACACAGCAACUUGGUAUUCGUUGGUUUCUAGCCCGGGAAAACCGUAGUUGGGUUCGAUUUUUCUUGACCUCACUCAGACACUUUCAUACACAGAUACCAAAAAAAAACAAAAGACCGCGCACCUAAAUAUACACCCCACACAAAGACACACGCGUGAGCGUAAAAACGAAAGAAAAAAAAACUGAAUCUGUAUUAUUAAACAAUAUUAUUACUAACUUAGGGAAAAGAAGAAAGCGACAUUACUUAGUAUGCUCAUUAUUCCAGGAACGUAUGUAAUCAACGCCAUAAAGUAGGAAUCAAUUAGUUGUACUGUGACAUUUUCCAGAGAUUGAUUUUUUCUUUAGACAGAAAUCGUUCUCACUCGACACGGUCCGUUUUGAAUCAUUCUAACGUUCAUCAUCUAAAAUCUACGCUCUCUCACAAACACCCUUAGCACUCACACACACUGACACAUGCAUCAACAUCAUACCAACAACUGCGAAAGUAUGUAAAUCUUUCUCGAUUAAUUUGAAAUAGUAAAAUAAAAACCAAAAUACCGCGCGGAAAAACAACUCGUUAGUUAUUUGAAAAUCUAUCUUUUGUAAUAAGAAAACUAAAGAAAAACAGCGCAUAAAUAAAAGAUUACUGGAAAACUUUAAGAGAUAAACUUGUCUGUAAGAAAAAAAUAGCACUAACUAUUACAAUACAAAAGUAAAACCCGUGGGAAGCUGAGGAACACUCAUUAUAAAAAUUAAGCAAAAGUCAAACACACACACUCACACACACGCAUUUUAGAUGAAAUUCGGCGAAAAUGAAAUCAACCAAACUGGUGUUUAGUAUAGACAACUGUGAACUACCAAAAUCCUAGUGUAAAUAUAGUGUUGUAAUGGUAUAUGCGAACACGCAUAUAAACAUAGCAGAAGUGGAUCAUCAAAGAUUAAAUUGAAGGCAUUCGAUUUUUUUUCCUAUUCUGAACCCGAAACGCGUUAUGGAUACAAACACGAGUAAGGCAGUAUGGAGAAGUGCGGGACAGGAAGAAAUGUUACUUAGAGUAAAAUUUAGACAGUCAACAGAAAAAAAGCAAAGUCAAACAAACAGGCAUCACACACAUACAGUACAUGUACACGGUUACAUUGACACAUACACCCACACUCACACAUAGCAAAAAGAAGAAAAACAAAACUAAACAACAGCUACAAAUCGACGACGUUCAA